GUUUGGUGAUGUGGCUAUGCUCCGACAUCCAUCCGAGGAAAUAUAUCAAAUAAAAAGCAGAUACAUUCACCUGGGAAGCACUCGCACAGUGCCAUCUUUAUGUUCAGCCGUCUGGCUACCGUCCUCCAGGAGCUCUCUGGAGAGGAGGGCCCAGAUGGAGACCCACAGGGCGUGCUGGUACCUCAGCUCCCCCCCGGUGAGGAGCCGGCUCCAGUGGAGUCUGAGGUACCUGAGGAGGCCAUGGAGAGGCUGGCUCACCUGGAACAGCUGGUGGUCCAGCUGAAGGAGCUCAUCAGAGAAAAGGACACCCAGCUCGGCCAGAAGGAGACAGACCUGGCUAAUAAAGACACACAGCUCAAGAGUGAGAAAGAAGAAGCCGACGCUCGCUUCACCAAACUGAAACUGCAGGCCAAGGCCAAGAUGGCUUCACUCAACAAGCAGAUAAACGAUCUGAAAGGACAAGGAGGAGCAACACCGAGUCCAGACAGCUCGUUCACCGGAGCCGGCGCUGCGGUCGAGGAGGAGCUCCAGGAGCUGAAGAACAAGCUGAGCGAGGAGGAAGUCAAGAGCAGAGAGCUGCAGGAGCGACUCCAGACCACCGAGCAGCUGCUGCAGGAGAAGGAGUCUGCACAUGCCGAACAGCUGUUGAAGCUGCAGGCUGUGGUCUGUGAGAAAGACGUUCGUUUUCAGGAGCAGAUCCAGAAACACGAAGAAGAGCUGCUGCGGGUCACGACUCAGUCUCAAAGCGACGGAGAGCUGCAGCAGGCCCUGCAUGCAGCACAGAGACGCUGCGAGGAGCUCGAGGAGUCCCUAAACUCUCGGUCCCAAGUGCUGGAAAUGCUGCAGCAGGAAGUUAGCAGCGCUGAUCAGCAAAAACAGAUCUUGACGGCUCAGUUCCGGCAGAUGGAGCAGGAGCUGACUGAGGCCGCCAGGCAGCUGGAGGAGGAGAGGGUGCAGUGUGGUAGGGCCGCUGCCGAAGCCACAGUCCUCCGCAGCCUGCAGGAGUCAGAGGCAGAGAGAGCGAAGGAGACGGAGCGUGUUCUUCAGGAGGCUCUGGAGAAGGAGGGGAUGGAAGUUGCCAGAUUGGAGAGAGAACUGGCUCUGAUGAAAGAGGCAGAGCUCGCAGCCGUCCAAGCCAGCGCCGACGCUUCAGAGAGCGACAGGGCGGAAAUAGCUCGGCUUGAGAGUGAACUUUCUUCUGUGAGAGGAGCGGUCGUCCUCGCCAACCAGGACGCCUCGGAGAAGGAGAAGUCAGAUGUAGAUAAACUAGAGAGAGAGCUGGAGGCUCUGAGGGAGGGACAGCAAGAUGCCCAGAAGAAGGGUGAGAUCCUGGCUGAAAUCUGGAGACAUCUACGUCCUCUGGGUCUGGAAGAAGUACGAGAAGAAGAAGAAGAAGUCCCCGUCCCUGCGGAGCUCUCCCUGUUCCUGGACACGGUGCAGUCUAUCCAGACACAGCUGACGCAGCUGAAACAUGAACGCAGUGAGAGCGAGCAACAGCGUGCCGAGCUCACCCACACCAUGGAAACCCUUCAGGAACAACUUGACAGAAAAAACACAGAACAGGAGGAAACCACUGAGAAGAUCCACCAGCUGGAGCAUCAAAUUGUGACGAUGUCUGAAAAAGAGGCAGACGUGACAGAACCAGCAGCACAGGAUUCAUCUGAAGCUAAAAAAGGGCACAUACUGGAACUGGAGCAGCAGCUUCUAGAAAAAGACAACGAGCUGGUUGCUCUGCGAGAGUCCCUCAGACUGGCUAACGAGAAAAGCUCCAGCGGGGCUGCAUCAAGUGAAAGCUACGAUGAGACUCCAGAUCAGCCUCAGGAUGCCAGCACGCCCCCCUCUGACAGUUCUCCAGUCCUUCCUGACUUCAUGCAGGACACACAAGAAGAAGAGGAGACCACUUUAGUUGCUGAGGACACUUCGGUCCUCUCCAUAUCUGCUGAUCACGACAGCAGCCCGGAGCUCAUCGGACACCAGUCUGAGUCCCCGGAGGAAUCCAAAGGCACCUCGUCAGACGAGAUGGUGGCCAGCAGUGACUCAGAGGUGGCCCACAGCAGCUGGACCCUCCUGGAAGCCGUGAAUCAGGACGGGGGACAGGAGUGGCCGUCCAUGCUGCAGGACUUCGGCCAGCUGCAGCUGCAGUCGUGGGAGGCGACGAGCAUGGAGCAGGAAAGCUCCACGGUGCAAGUCGAGUCUUCGUCCGUCAUCAUCCGAGAGACGGUGCAACUUCACGUGACGCAGCAGAGUUCUUCCACUACAGAAGGCAGCGUGUCCUCCGGUCAGGUGUUCGCUCAGGCCUUGGCCGAGGAGCUUCAGAAGAGGUACAGCGAGCUUCUGGCUGAACUUCAGAGGCUCAGAGAGGCAGCGGCAGAGUCGCAGGAGAAGAUCAAGAACCUGGAAGAAGAAACACAGUCGCUUACUGCUGCUAAAGAAGAGGCGGAGUCCCAGACUAAUAGUUUUAUAGAUGAACUUAAAUCAGCCAGAGAGGAGCUUCAGCAAAGCAGCUCUGUGGUGCAGAAACACAGCGUUGAAAUGCAGCUUCUAGAGGAGCAGAUAGAGCUUUUAAGCACAGCGAAUACAACCAAAGACGAGAAGAUCGAGGCGCUGCAGACGGAUCUGGAAACGGCCCGCCAAGCUUUCUCCGAGCAGGAGGGGCAGGCCAGGAUGCUGAGCGUUCAGCUGGAGGACAGAGAGCUGCUCUCCUCUGAGCUUGAAAGGAGGCUUCAAGAUAUGGAGAACAGCAUGUUGGAGUACUCGCAAACAUCAGAGCUCAACAACGACACCUUGUCGAAGAAGGAGACGGAGAUCAGCGAGCUGCAGCUACGCCUGAGCCAGAAAGAGCAUGAGGUGAUGGAGCUCAGCGACAGCAUGUCUGCUAAACUCCUCCAAGCAGAAGAAGAGAAGUACCAGAUAGGCAGUGAAGUCAGUAAACUAAAGGAGCAGUUAGAGGAACUGGAGAAAGUCAGAGAGGAGAAACAGAAAGGGAGCUCUGAAGACUCUGAAGCUGCUGAUGUUGGUGAUGAAGUUGGCAGUUUGCGACAGGAGAAAGAAGCGCUGGUAACCCAACUGGUGACUACAAAGAAGAAGCUGCAGGCUGCUCUCGUACAACGCAAAGAGCUCAUGAGGAAGGUGGCUGAUUUUGAGGUAGAAGCAAAGAAAAGGAAAGAGCAGGAUGAAACAGCAAAGGGAGAAACUCCUGCAGAGGUAGAACAAGCUAGAGGACAAGAGAUUCAGGAAAUGGAGGCUAAGCUAAUCGAACUGGAGCAAGCUUUAAGAUCCAGAGAAGAGGCAGCCGAGGCUCUCGAGGUGAAAAUCAGCCAGCAGGAUCAAGUUCUCACCGAGACGCUCGCUCUGAAUAAAAAGCUCAGCGAAGAAGCUGAAAACUCUCAGCAGGCCGACAACUCUUCUGAGACAACUGCGCUACAGUCCCAGGUGGCCUCUCUGGAAGCAGAGUGCGAAACUCUUCAGAAGAAAGUUCAGGAGGCCCAAGAGUCUCGCAAGGAAACCAUCCGCAAAGCAAAAGAGAAAGACAGGCACCACCGCGAGCAGCUGAAGCAGCAGAAAGAAGAGUACAGCGAGCUUGUCGAGCGAUUUGAGGUUCAGAGCGGCGAGCGAGAUGUUCUCAUGACCAAACUGAGAGAUUUAGAAGAAAAAGCGAGCACUGAAAGAGAUCUCGCUCACCAAGAGACCAAACAACUGGCUGAGAACUUAGGAAAGCAGACAGCAGGUGAUUGGGUCCAGGAGGAUUGGGUGGAUUUUGCCACGUCUGAGAGCGAUUCGGCACAAGCACAAUCCAGUGAUCCGGUUCAGCCUCCUGCAGAGCAGUCGGAUUCUGCACAAAUGGAGGUGGAAGCUCUCAGAGCGGAGAUCCAGGCCAUGCAGAGGGCUCACACAGAGCUAGAAACACAGCUGCAGGAAACCCAGACCAGUUUGUCACUGAAGGAGGCUGAUUUAUUGGAAUUAAGCAAAGAGCUGCAAGAGCUGAGAGAGAAGGAAAAGCAGAUUGAUGCACUUACAGAGGAAAUUAAUGAUCUCAGAGAAAAGCAUCACCAAGCCGAGUCUUACGCCGAAACCCUGAAAGCAGAGAUGCACGCAGCGGUCGAAGCAGCUUCUGCAGAUUCCUCAUCCUCCAUUACGACUCUUCAGACCGAAGUGGAGGACUUCAAGCGGUUCCUCGACAGUAAGAACAAUGAAAUCAUGGAGCUGAGUCAGCAGCUCAGCGAGCAGAACUCUCUCAUAAGCUCGAUGCAGGAGACGGUGUCGCAGAAGGAUCAGCUGAUAUCUUCUCUAGAGGACGGACUGAAGGCCGAGCAAGAGAAAAACCAAAAGGUGGAGGUGGAGGUUCCUCAGAAGCAAGAGGAAGACAGCGAGGCAAAGAUCCAGCAGCUUCAGCGGAAACUUCAGGCGGCUCUGAUCUCUCGCAAAGAGGCCUUAAAAGAAAACAAAACCCAGAAGGAACAACUGGCUUCAGCUGAGACGCUCACAGCCGAACUGCAGCAGAGAAUAAAGUCAGCGGAGGACGAGCUGGACAAGCUGAGAGCAGAAAGAGUUCGACUGAUCGAUGAGGUCGACCGGACGUUGUUGGAAAACCAAAGUCUGGGAUCGUCCUGCGAGAGCCUCAAACUAGCGAUGGAGGGCAUUCUGAACGAGAAAGACGCCUGCAAGAGAGAAGUGGAGCUGGCGAAAGAAGAGGCGGCCAAAAGCUGCAGAGAAUGGGAGGAGAAGGUGCAAAGCAUGAAGGAGGAGUACGAGACGCUGCUCAAGUCGUACGAGAACGUGAGCGACGAGGCGGAGCGCGUGAGGCGCGUCCUGGAAGCCGCCAGGCAGGAGAGACAGGAGCUGGCGGCCAGGGUGAGGUCGCACGAGGCCGGGAGGCAAGAAGCCGAGAGACAGGCGGAGGAGGCGCAAAAAGAGGUGGACACGGUGAAGGACAAAAUGAGAAAGUUCGCCAAAACUAAGCAGCAGAAAAUCCUGGAGCUGGAGGAGGAGAAUGAGAGACUGAGAGAGAUGCAGGAGAAGACGGGAAUAAAACGAGAGGGCAGGGCGAUGAAGGGAGAGGUUGACAGACUUAAAGAUGAUCUGGGGGCUCUGAGAGCGGAGCUGGAUGCUACUGUGGCAGAAAGAGACUCUUUAGGGCAGCAGAUCGAGGAGUUAAAGGAACAACUCUCACAAACAGAAGAGAAGGAGGAGAAGGUGAUUCAGGCUCCUCUGAUGAGCUCUGCAGUUGUCGUAGAAGAGGUGAUCGCUGCCCAGCAAUCUAACGUAACCAUGACCACAGCAGAACCUGUUGGGAGUCAGUAUGAAGACGAAGAAAAACCUGCUGAAGAGACGCCAGCUGAAGAAAAAGCUGCACCAGAGACACAUUCACAACCUGCUGAGGAAAAAGCAGAAAUGAAUGUUUUAUUAGAGGAUAAAAUGAGGGAGAUGGAGGCAGCUGUUAACGCAGAGAGGGAGCUGUGGAAGGAACAGGAGGCUGGACUCAAAGAGGAGCUGGCCUCUCUUGAGCGAGAUCUUCAGGAGAGCAGAGAGAAGGAGAGCCUUGUCGCUUCUCUAGAGACGUGCAUUCAAGAGGGCAAAGAGAGAGAGAAGAGCCUGGUCGAAGAGGGUUCCAAGAGGGAAGCUCAGUUCAAAGAGCUGCUCAGAAGCCUGGAAACGGAGAAAGACAACCUGGAGGAGCGUCUGAUGAACCAGCUGGCUCAGCUCAACGGGAGCAUCGCCGGCUACCAGCAGGAGGCGUCGGACAACAGGGAGCACCUGGCCGAGCUGCAGCGGGAGGUGGAGCGGCUGGAGAGGGAGCGGGCGGAGCUGGAGGCCGAGGCUCAGAGCGAGAGCGACCGCGCGGCGAGGCUGGAGGAGGACAUGAGGCAGGCGCAGAGGGAGAGAGCCGAAGCCGAGGCAGAGUCCGGGAAGCAGAGGGAGCUGGAGCAGCAGCUGAAGUCAGCUCAGAGGGUCCGAGAGGGCAGCCAGAGCCGGGCGCGGCAGCUGGAGGAGCUGCUGAGGGAGAAGCAGCUGGAGGUGCGUCAGCUGCAGAAGGACUGCAUCAAGUACCAGGAGAGGAUCAGCGAGCUGGGCAGAGAAGCUAAGGCGCUCCAGCUCGGCUACGACGAGCUCCACAAGAAGCUAGAGCAGUCCCAGCUGGAGACUUCCAAAACCACAGAAGACCUGAAGAGGACUGAAGCGGAGCUGGACAGCUGUAAAACUCAGCUGGUCGAGGCUCAGAAGCAGGCGAGCGAGGCGUUAGCGGAGAAAACGACCCUCGAACAGAACGGCCAACAGAAGGAGGCGGCGAUGAAAGCGGAGGCGGAGCAAACCCUGGACUCUGUGAGGUUCAGGCUGGGAGCCGAGCUGAAGGAGAUGGAGCUGAGGCUGGAGGAGGUGGAGAGGGAACGGGACAAGGAGGAGGAAGCCACUCUGGAGGCCAGAGACGUGGCAGAAGGAGCAGAGAGACGAGCGCAGGAGACACAAGCCCGUCUGGACGAGUCUCUAGCCAGGUUAGCUGCCUUCUCACGCUGCAUGUCCUCACUGCAAGACGACCGGGACAGAGUUCUAGACGAGACUCGACAGUGGGAGACCCGCUUUAAUGACGCUCUGCGGGGUAAGGAGGCUGAAGUUCGAGAGACUGAAAUCAAAGCUAAGGAACUGGCAGAGCAGCUUCAGAAAGAAUCGUCCCUUAAAGAGGAACUUCAGCUGUCAGUGGACAGGCUGGAGAAAGCAGACAAAGAAUGGCAGCUGAAACUGGAAGAGGAGACGAGGAGACUCACAGAGAGCCAAGCCGCCUUAGAGGAGGAGAGGAGCAAACUUCAGCAAACUUCAACCGAGCUGCAGUCCGCACAGACUGAAGCCCACGCCCUGAAAAUCGAGUUGGAGAGUCUAAACCAGAGGGCCAGAGCUCUGGAGGAGGCUGUGGGCCGGCUGCAGGGCGAAGUGGACCAGGCCAGGACGGAGCUGAGGGAGAGGGAGGCAGAAGAGAGGCGGCUGUGUCUGAACGUGGAGCAGCUGGAGACGGAUCUGAGGUCCUCCAAGGCCUUGACGGAGAGUCUGCAGACAGAGUUACAUGAGAAGGAAAAGAGAGAGGUGGAGAUGCUGGGAGAGAAGGAGCAAGCUGUUACACAGGCUGCAGAGGAGGCUCGAAAGGAGGCCAACAGCAGGGCACAAGGAGCCGAGGAGGAGCUGGAGCAGAGAAGAGGGGAGCUGCGGGAUCUGGAAGAAAAACUGCGAAAGGCAGAGGAAGAGAGCAACAACAGGAAAACCAAACUAGACUCUUUCAUGAAGGCCAUGGGCUCCCUGCAGGACGACAGAGACAGAGUCCUCAACAUGUACAAACAGCUGGAGGAGAAACACCUGCAGGUGAUGAUGGAGAAGGACGGGCUGAUCCAGGAAGCAGCGGGGGAGAACAACAGCCUGAAGGAGGAGCUGCGCUCUCUGCUGGUCCAGAGAGACGACCUGUAUGCUGAGAAGGCCCAGCUGUCAGCUCAGCUCCACGGCUACCGGGACGAACUGAACCAAGUCCUGAGCAUGAAGGAUUCCCAACACAAACAGCUUCUGGCCGCCCAGAGAGAGCGGAUCGCCUCUCUGGAAAAGGAGCGUGUAGGAUUAGAGAAUCAGUUAAAGAGCCUCAGCAGAGCCAGAGAGACGGAAGUAGAAGCAGUGAGAGUGGAGAGGGAGACUCUGAGCCAGGCUGCCGACUUAAAAACAGCUCCUCAGGUCGUAGAUGCUCCUGGUGCUGAAGUAGAGAAGCUGAGGGAGCAGCUGCAAGCAGCGAGAGAACAAGUCGAGGCUUUGGAGGAGAGCCUGGAGAGGGAGAGGCAAGAGCAGGAGGGCAAGAGCAAAGAGCUGGCCGAGCUGCGAUGGGAGGGAGGCGUGAUGCGGACGGAGUCGGAGAGCGCUCAGGAGAGGGUGGCGGAGCUGGCCAGGGACCUGCUGAUGGUGGAGCAGAGUCUGCUGCAGGAGAAGGAGACGACGACGCGGCUGAGAGCGGAGAACGAGUCGUUCUCAAAGGCCAUGGCCUCGCUCCAGGACAGCAGGGACCAGGCAGAGAACAAAGCUCAGGAGCUGAGCCUGAAGCUGGAGGAGAUGAGUAAGGUGGCCGGUGGCCACGUGGGGCCCAGCGGCCCCGGAGGCUCCACCGGAGAAGUGUGGGGGCUGAAGAACGCCCUGCAAGCCCUGCAGAACGACAGGGAGAGACUGCUGGAGCAGCUUCAAACACAGACGUCUGAGCUCAAGAAGCAGAAGUUGGAGCUGGCUCGACUGGGAGCAGGCGAGCUGAUUAAAGUCAGCCAGGAGCUGUUUGAUGAGAAGAAGAAGAACGAAGACAUCCUGGGCGUCAUCAUGCAGCUGGAGACUGUGGUGGAAAUUGGCAAGCAGGAAGUAGAAACUCUGAGACUGGAGCGGAUGGACUGGAUGGCUCAGGCGGAGCAGCUGAAGCAGCAGACCCUCGCCACGCUCUCAGAGAGAGACCACCAGCUGCGGCAGCUCAGCGCCAUGCUGGAGGAAGCUCGCACUCACACACCCAAAAUCCAACAGGAGCAGUAUCAGAGAGAGGGCACAGAGGAAGUGGACAGCGCUCCUGGAGCCCCACAGGAGAGGAGCAGCCUGGUGGACAGCCACGCCCAUCUAGCUGAGGUCAAAGAGCUCCAGAAAAGGCUGGAUGAGGAGAUGCAGCAGAGGGUGGCGGCUGAGGAGCAGCUGAUGGCCACACAGGACCGACUCAAACGUCACAGCCAGGCUCAGUGGCAGUCGGCACAUGAAGAGGAUCACUCAGAGACGGCGGUCUUCAUCGAGCAGGGAGGAGCCGUCACUAGAACUCGGAGAGGCGGCCCGGGUUUGACGCGGAUGCUCCGAGUGGCCUUCUGCUCCCGUCAGCGAACCCCUCUGCUGCUCAGCCUCUAUCUGCUCACUGUGCACGUCCUGCUGCUGCUGUGUCUGGGCGGAUACCUCUGAAACCAGCCCCCUUUUUAAAAAGAGAAAGACAUACGAUAAGAGAGAGAGGAGGGGAGAGAAAAUGGAAAUGUGACACAGACCUAACCCAAGCCAUCAAUAUGUUAUAUAUAUUACAUGUAAUAACUUAUAGAGGGGUGUGAGGGAUGUCCUACACAAACAUUGCACUUUACAGGACUUAAUAUUUUAGCCAAAGUAUGUAGGUUUAUAUGGGAAGUUGUUGGCAUCGGUUUGAACUAUGUUGCUCAAGCAGAGAGGACAUAAAGGGACUAAUUUCUCUUUCUAAAAAUCUAUGGUUUUGGAGAAAAAGAAAGCAGAUUUAUAAUCAAGUACGUUGACAGAUGGUGUUCUCUGGUGCCUUUAGAUUUGGAUAUAAAAGGGUCACUUUAUAUGAGCAAAAGUGUGACAUUUUGGGGAAUAAACUGGUCUUUCUGUUAAAUGGACACCACACACAGCAGACUCUUAGCUUAACAUAAUGUGGUGAAACUGGGGGGAAGCAGCAAGCCUCGCUCUGUUAGAUGGUGACAAAAUCCACACAAAAACAAUUCUAAAGCUCACUAUUAACUAUUAGAGUUUUCCGUUUACAGACAUGCCCACUUUAUUAUCACCACAUGCAGUUUUUGGCAGAAAAAAAAGGCAUUUUUUCUAUUCCUGCAUCUAUUUUCUGCAUACUGGGCCCAAUUUUAUUCAUGUGAUGAUGAUAUUAGACCUAGCAGAAGCCAUGUGAAAUGGUGGCGAUCUCUAUUGGCUGUAAUAAUUGUAGUAAAAUGACCUGUUGUGACCUGUAGGAUCAUCACAGCCUCAUGAAACUUUGCCUUUCAUAGGUAUAUUGGCAAUACAGGGGAAUUCCAAAUAGCUGUAAAAUGCAGCCCUUGUGGAAAUGUCUAAAAUGUCAAAAGAUGAGUCAAAACAUGGUUAAAUUUAGCACUUAAUCUGUGAAACAACCAAAACAAAGUGCUGCAACAACUCAUGAGACAUAAAGGUAAUUGAUGGGAAGGGCCAUCACAUACUUCCAUCAUAAUGUCCCAAAGCCUUUAUACAAUAAACCCUCACAAUUUGAAAAUGUGCCUAACAAAAAAAAAACAUCUGUAUAACACAUCUGUGACAUGGAAAGCUCGACAAACUCAGAUGAUGUUUACUGUUGACCAGGCUGUCACUUGUGUCAUUGACACGUUUUCCCGCGGUGUUGCACUUGGUUACGUGACCGGACUAUUUUGUGCCUCUGGGCAGUUGACCGGCAACCGGCAAAGAAGUUAGGAAUUGUCGCGGCCAACAACGACAUGUAAAACGGCAAAUUGUUGAUUUUACAGUUAGUUUUUGUGAAGAUGAAAACCUGUCUGCCAGUUGGUUGCCAUUGUAACGAGGGUUAUCGCCGCUAUUUCCGGUCCGGGCGGUGUUGCACUUGUUUGCGUGACCAGACAAUUUUGUGCCUCAAGGCAAUUGACGGCGACUAGCAAAGACAUUAGGUGUUGUCGCGACUAAAUACGACCUGUGAAACGGCAAAAACAUUUUUUUAGUUAUGUUAGUUUUAGUUAAAAAAAAAACUGUCUGCCAAGUGUUGCCAUUUUUACGGGGGUUACUGGGUUUACCAGUAUUUCCAUUCCGAGCGGUGUUGCACUUUUUUGCGUGACCGGACUAUUUUGUGCCUCUGGGCAGUUGACGGCCACUAGCAGAGACGUUAGGAGUUUUCGCGACCAAAAAUGACCUGUAAAAUGGCAAAUUAUUGUUUUUAUAGUUAGUUUUUGUAGAGAUAAAACCCUUUCUGUCGGUUUGUCGAUAUAUUUACGGAGGUUCCUGGGGUUCCCGCCGAGCUAUUUCCCGGCGGUGUUGUACUUUAUUGCGUGACCGGACUAUUUUCUGCCUCCGGGCAGUUGACCGGCAACCAGCAAAGACGUUGGGAUUUGUUGCGGCCAAAAGUACCUUUAAAACGGCGAAAUGCUGUUUUAUUGUUGUUUUUAUGUAAAGACAAAAAACAUUAUACAGUUUCCGUAAUUAUUGACCUUAAUAUGUACUUUAAGGUGCAUUUUGUUACUGUUGGACAGACCAAGGCUAGUUUCUAGUCAUUGUGCUAACCAAGAGUUUGUUGUAACCUAGCGGACGAAGAUAUGUGAGUGCUAUCAAGCUUGUUAACUCAAAUAAGGUAGUUAUUUCCCAAAAUGUCAAAAAAUAUUAUUUAAAGAUGGCUUGAGGUUCAGGAUGUGCUGCUCUACUCCAGUCUCUUACUCUUCUACUCAUUUCAUGCACAAAAACGGAGCACAGUGCAAUUUCCGUUCGUACACAUUCCUACUGUGUGUUUCCUUUCCUUUCCUUCUUCUAAUAUAAAUAACAGUGUAAAAGGCAGCAUUAUAUUGAUAUUUGUACAUAUGUACACGUAUUAUGUACAUCAGCUGGAUGUGGGUUCCCCCCCCUCUUACAUAUCCAAUUAUAUAAUAAUAAUAUCCACCGUCCAUGCUUCUGUUGCACAGAUUUAGAUUUUACAGUUUGCUCUGUAGUUUUUAUGGCAGGUGAAGCUGCCAUUCAGGUGCAAUGUUACCACCAUGUGGGUUCAUUCCAGAGGAGAAAGACUGCUGUUUUUUCUAGUGACAUCCAUCCCAUCAUAGACUACUCAGAUGUAGCAUAAUUUAUUGCCCAUAACAGUUUAAAUUAUCCACUACCUACACGUCCUAUAAUGACAUCAUCCUCUUGAUAAAUCUUUAUUUAAUGUUGGGGAAAUAAUCCGUCUGUACUCAUCUUCCUUUAACAUCCAUCUUCUUCACAUCUUACACUCACUGAGAUAUACUUAAACUGUAAAUAAAUGUUUAAAAAGGGCUGUAUAGAAAACUAAAAUGUAAUAAUAAAAGUGUUGGUGGUUUAGAGCAGGGACAGAUCUUGUCAAGCAUUAAUAAUUUGCUCCUUUGUGGGAAAAUAGCAGACAUUGGGGUUUUUUGUUUUAAUUUUUAUCUGGGCUCAGUUAAAAACACACCUUUUUCCUUUUAUUUGUGAAGUAAGUUAGAAUCAAUGAAUCAAUGGGUCGUCAUUAAUCAGUGAUGUUACAGAUAUAGCAAACAUUUAUAAAUGUGGGAGUGACGUCAUGACAUACUGUGACAUGCUGGACUUUAAACACUAUAAAGCUUCUCUGUAUAAGAGGAAACAUCUAAACACUGUUUUUGCUGACACUUAAGUCACUAUCACUUUUUUUGCAAAAGUGCUCAUAGCACAGAAUAAAGAUUAAAAACAUAA